GGGGUGCUGAGGGCGGGCAGGCGCCGGCAGAGGCCGGGCGGGGACGCUGGGAGCGCGGCGGGUGCGAGCUGCUCUCUAGCCGGAGCGGAGCCGGGGAGCCCGGGAGUCCUGCCAUGGAGCCCGCGCACAAGGACGCCGAGACGGCGGCGGCUGCGGAGCCCCGGGGGGCGUCGUCCAGCGGGGUGGUGGUGCAGGUCCGCGAGAAGAAGGGGCCCCUGCGCGCCGCCAUCCCCUACAUGCCCUUCCCGGUAGCCGUCAUCUGCCUCUUCCUCAACACUUUCGUCCCGGGACUGGGAACAUUCGUCUCAGCCUUCACUGUACUGUGUGGAGCCCGCACCGACCUCCCAGACAAGCACGUGUGCUGCGUCUUCUGGCUGAACAUUGCGGCGGCCCUUAUCCAGAUCCUCACGGCCAUCGUCAUGGUGGGCUGGAUCAUGAGUAUCUUCUGGGGCAUGGACAUGGUCAUCCUUGCUAGCUACAAGGAGCAAGGCAUCCCACAGCAGCUGUGAGGCCGGGCGCUGCGAGAAGUCCGCGGUGGUCCCUGAAGCUUGUUCAGGAAGCGGUGGGCUCCAGGACCUUCUCUUCUGCUGUCUCCUGGAUCUGGAGUGGAAAGGGGAGCGGGGGGAGGGUGUUACAUUUUUGAAACACAUUUAUUUAUUUGGAAAAUGCACCUGCUUUAGACGGCAAAUGCUGCCGGUCUUUCUGCCCCUUCCAGAAAGCGCCCAGAGCAUCUUCAGUGGGGUGAGGGCUGAGGGCGGGGAACGCUGCUGAUAGAGAGACAGAGAUCUCUCCCCUCCUGGCAUCGUCCCUACCUCACCCGCACACCUGCCUGGAGCUGGGUCAGAGGCGGGUGAGUGGUUCUCUAGUGCCCAGGCGCUUGUGUUCUGGCCCCGCCCCCAGCGCAGCCCCCCCCCCCCAACCCUGCCGGCAGGACACCCCCUCCCAGAAACAGUCCCUGGAGUCGCCGGCCCGAUGGCUCUAGGAAUUCAGGAACGUAGCCUGUGCUGAGAAAGAGGACAGGAGACACUUGUUACCCACUUGUGAUACCUUGGGGAGGGAGGGGCGACUCUGGGACAAUGCCCCACCUUCAGAUCCGGGUCUUUCCGCAGAGAAACAUGCAAUUGAUCAGACCGGCUGGGGGCGCUGCUGAGUGUGAGCACCCCCACCCUCAGUUUAAACACAACUUAAAUAAGCGGGACAAGGGGGCAAUGGCGGUGCUGGGGGCAAGAGAGGGCACAUUAGAACAUCCUUAAUGUUUAAAAAAACAUUUGGAUGGGAUGUGAACCUCUGUCUGAAUGUUCUUGCAAACAGUAGUCACUUGGGAGGAAGAGCAAUGACUACAUGUCUCUUCUCUCUCUCUCUCUCUUUCUCUCUCUCCCUCUCUCUCUGUCUCUUGCAUCACAGGGGCAUGAACCCAACUCUAGGCUGACUUUUUUCAGCUAGAAAAAGAGACAAGAAACAGGGAAAGUCACUGAAAUUUCUUCCAAUUCGGUGGGUUGGGGGGCCAAGCCCAAACUGUGUGCACGACCCAGGUGAGCUGUUUGCCGGGCUUCAGUUGUCAGUUUCCUAUUCAUCCUAACUGCGGACUCAUGACCCCUGUGGUUCUUUUCUCCUUGCUAAAUGAAAAUGCUUGAGGAGCCCACAGCCAGAAAUCACCCCCUACUCCACCAGGAGCAGCUUGGGGAUCCUCUGCUUACAUGGUAUUUUCCCAAAACCCCUGUCUGGAGCAUCGCCCACCUGUCUGCUCCACCCACUGGGUUUUCUGAUGACAGUUCUGCCCUUAGGGGUUUCGGGCAUCCUUGGAGAAAGCGAAUCCCCUCGGGUCACUCUCCCAUGCCUAGAUGCCCCCCACCCCUUCCCAUGGAGGCUGGUUCUGGCUCCCAGCAGCUGUCUCCUCUUAGCUGUCCCUACAAUCUCAUGCCAUUUGGCUGCGCUUUGGGGACACGUGGCUCUUUCUUUAUUCAGCCCCCAUGGUCCUUUCCUGCAUCAGCUGAGGGGGCAGAGGUAGCAUUUUAUGGUGGAUGUCUAGUGACAUGAUCCUGACUUGGAUGGGGUUUUCUCAAGUGACAGGUAUCACUGUGAGCCCCAGUGUAGGAUGACUGAAUAUGGGGUUUGGUGUGUUUAGGAAGAUGGCUCCCCUCCACAGUGCCUCUCCACUUCUCCAGCUCCCCUCCUUCGAUCUCCUCACACUUUUUGGCUGCUUUUCCACCUGGAGAAGGCCCUGCCUCAUGGGCCGAGUCAGCUCUCAAGGGUCACUCCUCAUGCAGAGCAUGGUCUCAGCGUUGUCACCUUCCAUAGAGAAAGGGUCAGGGUGUCCUGUGGAGAGUCCUCCCACACCACCACCUUCGCUGGGACUUGGUGCCUGCACAAUGAAUCUGCUACUCCUGGAGGCUUUUAUUUUUCUUUUUAUUCUUUAUUAUUUAUUUUUGGAUAUAACAGAAAAAUUGAGAGGGGGGAGAGAGAGGGAAGAGAGACGCCUGUAGUACUGCUUCGCCACUCAUGAAGCUUCCUCCCUGUAGAUGGGAACUUGGGGGUUGAACCCAAGUCCUUGCACCUGGUAAUGUGUAAACUCUACCAGGUGUGCCAUCACUGCCAUCUCUUGGCCCUGGAUUUAAUGUAUCAAACCCCAGUCAGCUGGCAAUGAGGGCUCUCCCACCUGCAAGUGCUGGACUCACUCCCAGUCCUCUAGUGACAGAGCUAGGCUUCUCUUGAUGGCACAGCGCUCAAGGGACAUGCCAGAAAGGCAGGACCCUGGUUCAAGUUCAGCUGGUCAUGGAUGAGACUUCAGUAGAAGAUCUGCUGGUCUGGGAUCACAGGCACGUCCAGAGUUUCAUAGUGACUGAUGGCUUCUAGGACCUGAUGGUGACUCUGGGGUCAGAGUGGCAGGUCCUUCCUGCCAGAGCAGGACCCUGGAGCUAGAGCAAGUCACCUGGUGGCCUGGGAGUGGCCUACAAGGCUGUGGAGACUGAUGACUGAAGUGGGUUUACAGCUGAGGACAGAGUUCCUUGUAGCAGCAGAUGUGUGGUUGUGGGGCUGCAGGCUGGAGCACCAGGACUAUGACUCCCUUCAGUUCCAGCCCCCAUCAGGAAAGAAGUGGCCCUUGGGUGGUUGCAGCCUCUGGCCUCAGCUGAGGGGAGGGCAGAAUGUUCAGCACAACCUUCUGACAUCAGUCCUGGCCCAGUGUGGAGCACUGUUCAUCCUGUGAUGCUGUCUGCGACCUGGUGGGGCAUCUGUGCCACCAUACUGAGCUUUCAGACAGCACAACUGAGGACUCAAGUGAAAAGGCCUGGUUCUCAAACAUCUAGGGCUCAUCUGGAGUUUGUCCUCUGGAGACCUUGUCCUCUCAGAUGUGAUGGGGUGAGACAAACGCACAAACCAGAAGAAGGAAAGGAGGAAGGAUGGAAGGAAGCAAGCAAGCAAGAAGAAAAGGAUGAACCAGAAGGAGGCCACAACACACUGUCACACUGUUGUCACCAUCCUGGGAAACUCUUGGACCUAUCUCCCUCUUCGUUGGCAGGCCCCAAACACUGACACCCCCCCCCCCAUCAUCGUAUAGCUGUGGUAGUUAGAGCCGGAGCUGCUGUGCUAGGAGCUACAGAACCACACCCCUGGACACCUCUCUGGAGUUCCAGUCACUCUGGCCCCAGUAUCUUCCAGAUGUAGCCAGGACUCCAGCCUCACCCAGAACUGAGGCUGAGGACCAGCAGCCAGAAGAGGGCUGGGCUGAAAGGAGGUACAAAAAGCAACAUACUGCUAGCAUUUUCCCCUGUGAGGAACUGGGAACUGAUCUCAGAACCUGCACUGGCCUCAGAGCUAAAUCCUCAGGCAUGGGAGGCCUUGCCCAGGCCUGGGUGCUGGAAGGAAGGUGGAGGCAGUACUGACUGAGGUUGUCCUGGACCAGCAAGGCUCUAAGAACCCAAGCCCAGCAGUCUGACAUGCUUUCCUUAGGAGUCUUCAGUCCUGUCCAGAGGGGCUGAGUUUUUCUCAGUGACCCCCAUUUGGCUUGAAUCCAGCCCCUCUUGGGCCUCCAGCCUGAGCCUGAGAGAUGUUCCAAUUGGUCCCCACACCCUCUCCAGGCUUCUGUGGCACAAUGGCCAUCUUGCUGGUGACACUGGCAGAGAAAGCCUCCAGCACGGUGUGAAUAGUUGGGAUUGCCAGACUGAAGUGGAGCUUCAGUUCGUGGCCGCUGUUUUCCCUGUUGUUAGUGAGUCUGAGAUUAGAAGGAGGUUAACAUGUUUAAAGAAACUCCUUGUCACACAGAGAUUGGGACCCUGAGGAACCCAAGCCCCAAGAUGAUAAGACAGGCUCUUAUCUCAGUGACCCUUAUGUGACCCAGGCCAUACCUCAGGCACAGCCUCCCUGUUGGGUAUUUGUGCCUCCAGUGACUUCCCAGUGUGCACGAGUGUGGGUCUGAGAGGCCUGUGGUAAGGCCUGUGAGAAAUGGAGCCAAAGAUGCAACUUCCUUGUGGCUUCACACUGCAUGCCCGUCUCUAGUAAGAGUCAGGUGAGUAGAAGUGGAAGGAAGUGUGACAGCUGUGGGUUCCUCUCCUUCCACAGAACUUCCAGUGUGUUUAGUGGGUGAGGAGGUAGGCAGGUCUCGAGGGAGGUACUGCCAUCUUCCCAGGCAGCUGUGUAACCUCAGGCUUCUGGAUCCCUAGCAGCUCUCUCCCUGUUCAAUGCUCAGCACUUCAGAAUGUUGUUGAGACCACAGAGCUGUGGAAGUUCAUGCUCAAACUCUUGUGGGUUCCCCUCCUUCAGUUCUACACAGAGAUAGGAUGAACCUCUCUGGGGACUGGUAGAGAAACCCCAACCAGAGUGACCUCAAGUUGUUUGUUCCUACUGUGUGAUAUUCUGUGAGCUGGGGACAGAGGAACCCAAGCAGCUGCCAUUUUUGUUGUUUCUGCUAAAGGGAUGGAGGGUGAGCAUUAUCCAAGCAAGGGAGGGAAGGUGGCAAGGUUGGGGGGUGGGGGGUGCUCACUGUGCAGGCCCCACAACACAGAGGUUGACCCCCCUGACUAACAACAAAAACAUGUCGCCCCUCAUUUCUUUUCCUUCUCCUUUCCCUUCCCCUCCUUCUCCUCCUUCUUUUGCCUCCAGGAUUAUUGCUGGGGCUCAGUGUCUGCACUACAAAUCCACUGGAUGUUAUUUUUUCCCUUUUGUUGACCUUGUUUAUUCUUGUUGUUAUUACUGUCAUUGGAUAGGACAGAAAGAAAUCGAGAGGAGGGAAGACAGAGAGGGGGAGAGAAAGAUAGACACCUGCAGACCUGCUUUACCACUUGUGAAGCGACCCCCCUGCAGGUGGGGUGCCAGGAACUCAAACCAAACUGGGAUCCUCACGCAGGUCCUUGCGCUUCAGGCCAUGUGCAUUUAACCUGCUCUGCCACUGCCCAGCCCCCCCAUUUCUACUCCCCUCAAUUCUCUCACCACUGAGAGCCUGAGGUUGAUCAGUUGUAAAUUCCCAUCUCUAGUCUCUCUCCUUCCAUGCCUGGCUUUGCCAAAACUCCACCCACCCAGACUGGUCUGGCUGACUCCUCACCUCAUUUUUACUUUCUCCUGGGUAGAAGCACAGACACUCAAAGGCAUGUGUGGACACACCCACACUGGAACCUGGGCACACACCCUCUCAGGUGCAUCCUCACUGCGCUGCAGCUGCUGGUGAAGACCAGAUUGGCUCUGGGACUGACGUCUACAAAGAGCCCUGGCACUCUCUGCAGGCCGCUCCCUCUAGCGUGGGCUCUGGCUGGUGGCUCAUUUUGCCCUCACUGUUCACACAAGGGGCCCAGAUGCAGGCUUUUUUUAUCUUUCUCCUUGGUCUCUGCGAACCUUACCUCCCACCCCUGCAAACCUCAGCUUGGCUUCUGUAGCAGGCGAAGUGGGACUGUAAGAGAGGAAGCAACAGUGGUCUCUCCCGAGAACUACAGUCAUUCCUCUCUUCUAAGUCCCCUUUUCUGCCCCAAUGUAGGAAGCAAUGAAGGGAGGAGGGGGCGACAGAGGUAAUGCACGCCAUUUUCUGGGUUAGCCCCUAACAGGAUCAGCCAAGAGGUUACCGUGUGAUGGUGGCUGUCAGCCCAGGGCCCUUUAUGGGGACACUCAGGAGUUCUCUUUAUGGGAUGAGUUCCAUGCUGUUGAACCUGGUGUCAUUAAGGACACACACACACACACACACACACACACACACACACACACACACUGAGAGACAGAAGACAGAGACAGAGGGAGAGAGAGAAAGAAGACUGGUUCUGUGUGGAUUUGCUGAAUUUAUAUCUGGAUAAAUGUUGUGAUUUGCAGUUUUGGGAUAUUGUGAUGGACUUUGGGUCUCUUCUUUCUGUGAAAUUAAUGGCUGUACAUUCAUAUUGUUCUCCAAGAAGACCCACUCUUUCACCUCUCAGGACUUUUUUUUGGUCUCACUUCCACCCAGACCUGCUGGGAAUCCAUUUCACCAUCUUCCCUCCAGAAGUCAGCCCAGUGAAGGGGCCUUUAGACUUUCUCAGCUCCAAGAGAGAAAACGUUCUAAUAUCAGGACUUAAGGAAGCUUCCAGACUUCUCCUGACCCAGACCUCCUGGGACCCAGGCCUGCUCCUGCUUCACUUUCCCAGCACCAUUAGGACCAACCCCUGGCCUGUUUUCUGCUGCUCGAGUCUCCACAGCACCCCCUAGGUGCUGAGCAAGGCCCCAAUUUUUCCAGUGUUCUGCCAGCUUAAAAAUGUGUAACUUAAGCAGCAUUCCUGUACAAGUCAUGAAAAACACCACUUGUGACAAAAAAAAACCUUGUACAUAGCCCCAUGUACAUACUUAUACAUAUACUCACGCUCUUAUUAUAAAUAUAUAAAGCAUGGCAUCUCCCUGCAUUCCAAGUUGGUGUCUGUUUUUUUAAAUCCUGGAAAUAUGACUUUGGAAACCUUUUCUCCCUUUCUCUCUUUUCUAUGUAAUAAACAUUCAUGUGCCCU